AUGACACUGAGUACUGACCUCAAGCAGGUGAGACCAACUUGGUAGGUAGAUAAUAGGGCUAUAAUCUGUCCUCUCAUGCUGGCUACCUGGGCUCCAUAUAAUGAAUGGGGAAUAUAUAUUAAUUGCCCCAUAAGAUAACUAUCUUUUCUUAUACAGGAUACUAAAGAUAUGCUCAAAAACAUGUUGAAAGACAGUGGAAAUAAUGUUGACCUCAGGCCCCGGGAGGUGUUAACAACCCUCAGUAGGAAGAAUCCUAGUGACCUGGUCCUGGUAAUUGGAAGUGAGGUGAGUGCGUCUGUAGCCCCUGGUGUCCCUGCUCUCAGCUCAUGGCGCUGUUGCAUUGAAGCUGUAAUAGAUGCUGCAGAGCAGUGUGAAGUAUUGCACCCUGGCGAUGUUGUGGAAUUCAGAAAAAGGGUGCUGGGUGAGCAGGACUUACUGGCUGUCGUACAUGAUCUGAUCAGGAAAAUGUCUCAGAGAGCCGGUCACAGCAAACCCAGCGUUUUCCAAGACUGCCUAAUGAAGGUAUUCAAUGACCUAGAAAGCCACAUCCAGAACUCCACUGUUCUCGAGUCAAUUGUUAGUUUAAUGGACAAAGGGGCGAAGGUGCUGACCACAAACUAUGAUAACCUGUUGGAGCUAUACGGGCAGAAGAUGGGCAGACCCAUGGAAUCGAUUGACCUGAAUGAUAAAGUAAAGGUUUUGCAAUGGGUACAAAACCACAUCAAGUAUGGUGUUUUGCAUAUCCAUGGAUUGUACACGGAUCCCUGUGGCGUGAUUCUGGACCAAUGUGGGUAUAAAGAUGCUGUACAGGACUGUGAACUAAUGCUUGAGCUGCUGAAGUUGUAUAGCAAAAAAUCUUUUGUUUUUCUUGGAUGUGGAGAGACUCUGCGGGAUCAGAUUUUCCAGGUGCUCUCCCUCUACACCGUGCAGAAUACAGUCAGUGUGGAACAUUACAUGUUGGUGCGGAAGGAGAACGCAGAUACUUUCUAUAAGCUUCAGGCCGAUUUGCUGCUCAAAGGCAUCAAGCUUAUGUCCUAUGGUGAUUCAUUCACUGACUUUCCACUAUAUAUAAAAGGGCUGUCUGCACUCAUAUGCAAAGAGAGGACUGAUAAUAUCGCACAUGUGGAAAUUGAAAAGCUGCUUGAGCCUGUUCCUAAUGUCCAACCAGCUGCCCAAAAGAGGAAGCUUGAUGAAAACACAGAGACUGGAAAGCCAGCAAAGUUGAAGGCUUGA